AUGUUCGACAGAAUAUUUAAGGAACUCGAAGACACGCCAUACGAACGUCACGUAGAUCGUGAGAGGUAUGCCGUAGACAACACCACAGCACUGGAUGAAGGGAUUCAAAGAUUGAAAAUAAACGUAGGCGGUUUCAUGAAGGGAAUGGAAAGAACUGUUCCAAUAAAUUGGAUGGACUUCCAAAUUGAGGUACAAGAAGCCGGGAAAACAACUUUGCGCAUGUCCUUAGAUAAGAUCACUAAGAUUGCUGUGAAACGCGGUAUUAAUAAAGAAAACGUCAUCCACGUCCUCAAUUACCUUAAUGAUCUUGGAGUCAUUCUGUAUUCGCCCACUAACCAGGAGUUGAAGAACACAGUGAUUACUAACAUCCAUAUGCUAAUUGGUAUCUUCAUGAAAAUCAUCACAGUUGUGAAACCUGAUGAUGUUGACAAG